AUGAAUUUCAUCCCGACUGAUCUCAUUUUUGAGAUAUUCUCAAGAUUGCCUGAAAAGUCAAUAGCUAGGUGUUGUUGUGUGUCGAAGCAAUGGGCGUCAAUGCUUCACCUUCCAUAUUUCACCGAGUUGUUGCUGACCAAGUCCUUAGCUCGUCCACGUCUCUUAUUCGACGUCAAAGAUGGCGGUGCGUAUCGCUUUUUCUCCGUGCUUCAGCCUCAACAUCCAUAUGAGAACUCAUCGUCUCUUGUAGUAGCCGCCGAUUUUCAUAUGAACUUCCCUCGAAGCAAUAUGUGGACACGUGGCAGUAGCGACCAGACAUUUCCAUGUGCAUAUGCCUCCGGUUUGAUCUAUUUCCCUGAUACUUGGAUCUCAAUUGAGAGAGACAAGAUAGUGCCUGUGAUAUGUAACCCUAAUACGGGGCAGUAUGCGAUCUUACCUCAACUGCCGUAUAUCUACUGGAACCCAUUCAACCAAAAAAAGCCGUCUAGCUUUUUAGGGUUUGAUCCGAUAGGCAAGGAAUACAAGGUAUUGUUCAUUGACUAUCGAUAUUCUUAUGAAGGGUAUGAUCAGAUAAUUCACACGUUAGGGAGCGUAAAAAUGAUGUGGAGUAAUAUCAUAUGUCCCUUAGUCCAUGAGCCUUUGAGUGAAGGGGUUUGCAUUGAUGGGGUUUUGUAUUACUUAGCUUGUGUGAUAGUUCUGGGGAAUGUGAUAGUUUGCUUUGAUGUUAGGUCUGAGGAAUUCUUCAAGUUUAUCAACGCAGACUUGUUUUCUGGUUGGCGUACUACUCAUAUUGUAAACUAUAAGGGAAAGUUAUGUGUCAUUUGUUUCAAGUAUGAUGGUGAACGCAUCGUUCAUAAGGACGUUGUGCUGCGUAUGUGGGUUCUAGAGGAUGUCGAGGAACUUGCAUGGUCGAAACAUGACUACACUUUGUCAGACUAUAAACUCGUUUAUCACUUCCUCGACACUUUGGUCGCCGGGGUCACUGCUAUGGGUGAGAUCGUUUUCUCGAUGAAAUGUAGAGGGAGUCCGUUUUACGUUUUCUACGUCAAUCCCGAGAAGAACACUUUCCAAAGUGUUAAAAUCCGAGGUUUUGUUGGAUGCAAUGAUGAUGAGAGGUCAGAUAGGGUUUACACUUUUGUAGACCAAGUAGCGGAUCUAAAUGUUAACUAUGCAGAGCUAUUCAAGACAAGCAUCUCUGCCCCAUCUGUGAAGAACAAGAACGGCCUUAAUAUCAUUAACAAAGGGCCAAAACCACAGCGUCAAGAAAAGUUAAGAAAAGGGAAGAAGGGGAGAUGA